AUGAAUCACGAAGAUGGUGCAGAUGAUUGGGAUUCUCAAAGGCCAGAAACGCCGCCACCUUUCGAUGCAUCAGAGUACAGUCAGCUCAUCUCUGCAGGGCCGUUGCUGCCGCUGCUAGAACAGUAUGCAGGCGUAGGUUCUUAUGACCAGAACACUCUUAGGGGGGCCCCGUGGCAAGUGCACUCACAAGGCGCUAACGCUGACAAAUGUACGGGCAGCCAACUCCAACUAGCUAGUAUGGCUAAUCAAGAGCCUUCGUGCAGCACGUGGAAUCGGGCAGCACCCAUGUACCUGCCAUCGACGUCGUACACAGGUGAGUCCAUAAACAUAGUGAAGAUGCGGAUGCUCAGUCAGCACAAGGAGCAUAGUUGAC